CUUCUUCGUUUAAUUGUGUGUUUUUUUUUUGAUACUCCAAAAUCGAAAAAUCCCCGAAAAUCCCCGUUUAAUCUAUUUCUCUACCUCUAGAAAAUGGCUUCCAAGAAAUCAUUGAAUCUUUGUCGAGCUUUCCUCAGUAACAACAGAUAUGUUCCUCUUCGUCAAUCAUUUCCGAACCCUAAUCCGAAAUUCCAAGUUUUAAAUCAAGUUUCUUCCCAGUUAUUCCAAACCAGAUCCUAUUCAGAAAUUCCUAAACAGCUACAACAUAAACCUUCAGUCGACCCUACUUUAGUUCCCACCACAUCUCCUGCAGCAGAAACUCUAGUCCCCAAAACCAAUGAAACCCAGAAGAAGAAAAACAUCGCCAAUAAAGCUCCUGUUUCAUCGUCUUUGAAUGCAUUUGAAAUCGCCAAGUUCUCCGCCAUUGCUGAUACUUGGUGGGAUUCUGAAGGACCAUUUAAACCAUUGCAUGCAAUGAAUCCUACGAGACUAGCUUUCGUUCGGUCCACUCUUUGCCGACAUUUUGGGAAAGAUCCACAUUGUGCUAGACCUUUGGAAGGGCUGAAAAUCAUAGAUGUUGGUUGUGGAGGUGGCAUUCUUUCAGAGCCUCUAGCUCGGAUGGGGGCAACCGUCACGGGCAUCGAUGCUAUUGAGAAAAAUAUCAAGAUUGCAGGGCUUCAUUCGGAGAGGGACCCAGCUACUUCAACAAUUGAAUAUCGAUGCGUAACAGCUGAAAAACUGGUUGAAGAAGAAAGGAUGUUUGAUGCUGUAAUUGCUCUAGAGGUUAUUGAGCAUGUAGCAGAGCCUGCUGAUUUCUGCAAGUCUCUGGCAGCAUUAACUGUUCCAAAUGGAGCCAUGUUGGUGUCAACGAUCAACCGCACCAUAAGAUCUUAUGCUGCCGCUAUAGUUGGGGCUGAGUACAUCUUGCAGUGGCUUCCUAAAGGGACACACCAGUGGUCAAGCCUUGUCACUCCAGAAGAAAUUGCUCUUAUCAUGCACCGAUCGUCUAUAUCUGUUCAAGAGGUUGCAGGAAUGGUGUUGAACCCAUUUACUGGAAAAUGGGUACUAUCAGAUGAUACAAGUAUAAAUUUCAUUGCCUAUGGUACAAAGAAUAAUCUAUGAAAGGUAGUGUCCAGAGUUAUGCUUUUGUCUUUGUACACUGAACCUUACUAUGGUACAACUUUAACUCCAGUAAUCCUUACCUUCUCAAUUAGCAGUUGUUUUUGGCAUCUUCAGAUUUCCAUCUUGGUGAAGAAGGCUAUUUUUUUUUUCCAACUUCACUUCUAGGAUAGUUAGCGGAUGAUGUGUCUUGCCCAACGUAGGUGUUGCCUUGAUGGUUCUACCGAUGAAAACAUUUUUUUUCUGAAGCAUUGAACAAGCAGGAAUUUGUUUACGGUUAAAGUUAGACCAGAUAGACUUGCAACACAAAAGCUAUCUGUCUGUAGAAAAACCGUCUUUCUGUUAUUUCGAAUAUUUGAAGCUAUUGUGUGCAACAACGCUGCCAUAUCAGUAUUUGUAUAAUGAAAGUAUUGGUGUAAUAUUUCAUGGUUUCUGUGUGUUCUACAGUGUGAAUAUCCAGCUUUUAUUGUUCGAGAUUGGUGGUGGGUUAAGGGAAUGUAAUUCUGCUUUUGAUGCCCUUUGUCAUAUUCAAAGUGGUUAAACUUCAAGAGGUGCUAUGCUGACCAGGCAUCUGAAUAUGGCUCAAGUUCGAGUUAUAAAUCAGACCUUUUUGCAUUA